UGCUUUUCUGUACUCUGCCGCUCGUGAACGACCCGCCUGGUCAUCAUUGCAACGCCGUAAAUCCAGCCUGAACGCCAAGACGGUCUAUGUCUUACACGCAAACAGACAUCAUGCAAGGGGCCAUCAUCAAAGGCGCAAGCAACUAAUCAAUCUCUUCACAGUGCGGAGCACAUGUGUACUGUCGCAGCCUUCAAAGUCAUUCCAGAUUCUUCGCCAGAACGACUAGUCGCUCCUCCGCCUUACUUCUUCAGCAAAGAGUCUCCCUUCGUCGUGAUCGCAAUCUCUUGCGGCGCAGACUUGACGGGACUGAGCCGUAGUGGCCAGAUCCCUGUUCGCUCUUCUGUCCAUCAGGGGAACUCCUCAGCUGUGUCGUAGGGCACGUCGUGAUUUUAGACGAUGGUUGACUAUAGAACAGAGGUUCCCGUCCAAGCAGAGAACCUCCGAUUAGUAUUCAUCACGCUAAUUCGCGCAACAUCUUCUUUGCCGGGCUUGACUGGAAUACACUACAACUCAACGUGACAUUUCGCAUCAAUGAGCUCCAUCUCCAAUAGCAUGACUACUUAGGGCGAUUUCGCAUGAUCUGGCGGCGAUGAUGAAGAGGCAUAUAUCUAAGCUCUUUGGAAGUCCAGUCGAAUAGCCCGCAUUUCCACGAACCGCUCUCAUCGA